AUGGCCGGUCGACGGAAGCACCCUACAGUGAAGCGUACAGGGCUGCGCUCACAAAAAGUGAAGCAGGACUUACCUGUGGACGAUGGAGGCUGGGCAACUGAAGAUGAGGAAGGUGGCGCUGCUGCCUCAAUCACGCAGCCUGCACCAAGUACAAGUGAGGAGCUUGUGGAGGUCAUGAGGACAUUUUUAAAAGGACAGGAGCGGAGGGACGAGGGGUUUUUGGCGGAGCUGAGAGGGCUUCGGGCCACCUUCCCAGCCCCACAGUGGUCUGUCCCUGUGUCCGGACCUGCAUCACCACCCGAGGAGUCAACACCGAGUCUCCGGGUGGACCUUCCCACUCCAGCUCCUCAGCAGUGCCGCGGUUUCUCCAAGGAGCCCCCAAGGAUCAGCAUGGAGAGAGCUGAACCCUCCAGACAUGAGGGCCGGCUCUACGGCGACCCCAAGAUCCCUCAAUAUGUCUCAGGGGAGGACAUUGAAAACUACCUGCUACGCUUUGAGCGCAUCGCAAGAACAUGGGGUUGGCCGGAAGACUUGAAAGCUGCACUGCUGAUCAAGUUUGAUGUUUCACCGGAGACCUACAGGCAGCAGUUCAGGUCCAUGUCGGUGCCACCUGGAGAGAGCUCGACUGAGACCUACCACCGUCUGAAGGGGCUGUACCGGCGCUGGAUCCGGCCGGAGCAGCUCUCCAAAGAGCAGAUCGGGGAGCAGAUUAUCCUGGAGCAGCUUCUUCGCGUCCUCCCGGCAGACGUUCGCACCUGGGUGAAGGAGCAUGAGCCGACAGAGGGGCUAGCCGCAGCCAAGCUCACGCUGCAGUAUCGCAACGCACGGAGGGGAGGCCCAGCUGCUUACCAGGAUGUUCGUCAGCUGUUGUCGCAACCCAGAGCCAGCUUCCACCCACCUAGAGAUCCCGGGCCUGCACCCAGUCAACGUGGUCCUGGUAAGGAGCUCAUCUGUUUUUAUUGUCAGCAGUCAGGACACAAAGCUGCCCUGUGCCCAAUCAGAAAGGCUAAGCUUACCGGGGCGUGUUACACCCCACGGGCUGAGGACAUGCAAGGGGUAGGGAGAAAGCAGUGGUUCAAAGAGGUGUGCAUUAAUGGGGAACCUGUGACUGCUCUGGUGGACUCAGGGAGCUUCAUGACUCUUGUACGGAGGGACAUUGUGCCAACGGGCUUGUUGGAUUACAGUAAGCAGGAGGACAUUUGA